GGGCAAAUAGAUUUUAUGUUUAUUUCUCAUCCUUGCCUCCUGUUUUUUUUCCUUAUACAGAAGUUUAUAGAGUUUGAAGAUGCACUGGAGCAGGAGAAGAAAGAACUACAAAUCCAAGUGGAACACCUUGAAUUUCAGACUCGACAGUUGGAGCUGAAGACCAAAAACUAUGCAGAUCAGAUUUCACGACUGGAAGAGCGUGAAUCAGAAAUGAAGAAAGAGUAUAAUGCUUUACAUCAACGUCACACAGAGAUGAUCCAGACUUAUGUGGAACACAUUGAACGAUCCAAAAUGCAGCAGGUUGGCGGAAAUAAUCAAACUGAGGGCAGUGUACCUGGGAGAAGGUAGGGCCAUAACCUCUCCAUAUAACGUAUGCCAUCCAGGAACUUGUAAACUGAGUGUACAUAUUUGACAGAGAAACAAACCAGAAGAAGGAUCUUUCCCUCUGGGCAUGGAUUGUAGCUGCAGUUUUUUGUAAUGGUUGUGGGUGAGUUGUAGGUAAGUUUUCUAAGGCUUGACAAAGAGGAGUUUUUUGUGUUCAUUUACAAAGUUUAUACCUUAUCACACUGCCAUGCGUGGAGGACAUCUGGAAAAAUAAGUUUGUAUUCUCAGGUAGCAUGUAAAAGGUUUAUCCGUAAACUGAAUGGAGGUGGCAGAGAGUAUUCAUUUGU